GGCAAGGCUCAGCGUCGCAGGCGCAUCCUCACAGAGAGGAGAGGGAGAGCAGCGGCGAGCCGCAUCCACGCUGCCGCUGCGUACGAAAUAAACCACCCGUGUGUGCGUGUGUGCGCGUGUGCGUGUGCAUGUGUGUGUGUCAACAGACAGCCCGCGGCCACCGCUGGUUUAGCCCUCACGGUCCGGUUUGGAUUUACUGUGGCGUCUGCUGCGGCUGAGAGGAGAGCCGGCGGAGCCACUGCAGCAGCAGGGAGGUACGGAGCGGUGGGGUGAGUCAGCGGAGCACCACAGCAUCACCUGUCCGACCACCGGGGGACCCCGCCCGCCCACCCGCAGCCUCCACCCGCCGCGCUGGAGCUCAGCGGCGGUCACAGCUGUCAUCCAGAGAGGCUGAUAAUGGUGAUGACGGAAGACCCGUAUGGUGAGGAGUGAAUGAAAGAAGGACGGAGGAAAGGAAAAAGGGCAAGGACAGCAAGAGGCGAAGGAGGAGAGAAAACAAAUCUAUCAGAGGGGGAACGAAGAGGAACCAGGAGGAAAGGAAACGAGGAGGUUGGAGAAGAUGUGAAGACCAGCAUGAAAAGACGGAGUUAAGGGUAGAUAGAAGCAGAAAGUGCUUGAGGGGGAGGGAAAGGAGACGGACGGAGUGAACGUACAGGAGCACAGGAGAGCGGUCCUGGGAGGAGAAAGCAAAGGGACUGGUUAAAGGGAGGGAAGAAGCAUCUGGAUGGUCUCCACGGCGACGGCCGGCAGGUUACCCCCUCACCCGAAGAUGGCCUCCAACUUCAAUGACAUCGUCAAGCAGGGCUACGUACGCAUGCGCAGCCGCAAGCUGGGGAUCUAUCGGCGUUGCUGGCUGGUGUUCAAGAAGUCAUCGAGCAAAGGACCUCGUCGUCUGGAGAAAUACCCCGAUGAGAAGUCUGCCUACAUCAGAGCCUUUCCUAAGGUGACAGAGAUUAGCAACGUCAAGAAUAUCACGCGGUUGCCUCGAGAUACCAAGCGACAGGCGGUGGCCAUUGUGUUCACAGAUGACACCGCACGCACCUUCACCUGUGAAUCAGAGCUGGAGGCAGAGGACUGGUUUAAGACGCUGUCAAUCGAAUGUCUGGGGACACGACUCAAUGACAUCAGUAUGGGAGAGCCGGACCUCCUGGCUGCUGGAGUGCAGUGUGAACACACAGAGCGCUUCAACGUGUUCCUCCUGCCCUGUCCCAACCUGGACAUCUACGGGGAGUGCAUGAUGCAGAUCACCCACGAGAACAUCUACCUGUGGGACAUCCACAACCCCCGCACCAAGCUGGUCACCUGGCCGCUCUGCUCCCUGCGGCGCUACGGACGCGACGCCACCCGCUUCACCUUCGAAGCCGGGAGGAUGUGUGACAGCGGUGAAGGCCUCUACACCUUCCAGACCAGAGAAGGAGAGCAGAUCUACCAGAGGGUCCACUCCUCUACGCUGGCUAUCGCAGAGCAGCACAAGAAGGUCCUGCUGGAGAUGGAGAAGAACAGCAGGUUGAUGUCUAUGGGUUCAGAGCCUGGCUCCUACCCCUGCACCCCCACCGCCAUCCUGCCUCGAUCCGUCUACUGGCACCACAUCACUGGAAACCAGACCGGCAUGGAUGGCAGUGGUGAAGCUGCCGAGGACGACCUGCUGUCCAGCCACUUGCCUCUCGACCAUCACGCCACGCUGCCCUUGGCAAACGCACAUGCACAGUCCCAAACACACAUACACAAACAAUCACCAAGACACUUCCCCACAUACCCUCGACAGUGACACAUACCUAUACACGGAAGAAAUGACGGACGUUGAAAAAGACGCAGAGACAAAUAAAACCGAUGCGAAUACAUGCAUGCAGGCCCACAUACACACACACACACACACUGAAAGAAACACACACUGUCCCCUCCUUAUGUGCGUUGUACAGCCCAUCGUUACACCUCACAGGAGAUGGUGUAGGCAGGACUGACACUAGGGGGGGGGAUGAUUUACGUUGUUUCACUCUCAGGGUGAGAAACUCUGGCAGAAGGGCAUAUAUUACCAACUGUUUAAAUGUGCAAUGUGUAGGAUCUUUUCAGAAGUUAUAAAAAAUAAAAAUAAAGGAAAAAAAAGACAAACACGACCAACAGAACGUGAAGAGGCGACGUUGCGUGCAAAGACGUCUACAUAUUGUGUUGCACAGAUAUCUGCUGAAAUAAGCAUGCUAACCAGCUAGCCCUGGCCCGCCUUAUCUUGUAAUACCACUUGUACCUCGAGAGGCGAUAGUAAGUCGCUGUAGCGUCUGGUCUGCACCUCAACAUGAGUGGAUGAGGAAGCGGAGCUGCCCCGAGGGCAUGUCGAUCACGCUGAUUAGUAUAGUCCUUUCGUCGCUCGGAGGAAGGCGGACAGCGGCUCCAGGAGUCCCCCAGGGUCAGUCACCCCGGGGUUGCGCUGGCUGAAUUAAAGUUGCUACAACCUGGAAAAUCUGCUAAAUGAAGGUCCCUCUCCCGGAGCUGCUGCAUGCUCUGUCGUCUCCGAGUCGUUUUCUUGUUUCUGCCAAUCUGGAUUUAAUCAAACAGUCUACCAAAGUGCACACGGACAGUACAGCUCCCAGUUUGUGACACAGAAAAACAUCUACAGUAUUAUUUACAUUAUUUUUCAAUAACAGGAUUUUAAAUGUAGACAGCCUCGGCCCAGUAGUAGAGGAGAAAUGCUGCCACCGAUUAGUUUGGAGCGGAUGAGCCAGAUCUUACUUAUUGCACUUUUAAACCUCCACAGUGUUUUAUAUGUUGUCCAACCAGGGCUAAGAGUUUCCACUUGUUCCGGAUAGCCACUCUUGGAGGCAGGGUGCAAAACCUUGAUAUUGUUACAAAGCUACCUGGGUAGACUCUGAAGAUCUUACUUAGUAGGAGUAGUAAAACAUCUGUGAAUGAUGUUUAAACCUGAGUUUCUCACCCCAAGAGGGACAAUUUCCAAAUGGCUGCCAUGGGAUGAACUUCAAUAAGGCCCAAUGUGUUACAUUGAAUGCUGGGUAGACCGGGACUGCAUGGUGCCUUCGUAGCAUCACGUGGACUGUGCUAUCAGUGGAAAUAUGCUGACGUCGAGGAUUCCCAGUGGACCAAUGCCAGCUGACACGCUUGUCUGAAGAACACUUGAUAAUUUCACUGUAUGUCAACGUCUGGAUUAAUGCCUUUGAUUUUUGCUGACCACUGAUGUGACUUUGCAGUUACUGGAUCUGUGCUAAAGUUCAUUAAUUUUCAUGAAUAGGCUCCUGUACUAAACUCGAUAUUCUCACUCUAGCUGCGUACGCACCAAACGCAAAGGGAGUUUUAGCCUUGCGCUUGCACAGAUUUUACCACAGUGAUCAUUUGUGUUUAUUCUCUUCACUCAUGCUAGACGUGUCAGAGAGAAAGGGGGCUUAUUAUCUCUAUUAAAAUACCAACAUUUCAUCAAACAUGGCAGAAAUAACCACUAUUGCUUCUUUGUACAUGUUGUGGAAUUCCCAGAUACAUUGGAGAACCAAAUAUAGUGUUUAGGUAAUUAUUUCAUCAUGCUGUGUUUACUGUAUCUAGCAAGCCACACAUCGACUGGUUCAUUACAGCAUCAUAAACCCCAAAUAAACUGAUUUUUCUGUGA